AUGGCUGGCCGCCCUCCUCCUGGGGGCUCCUCGGCCCCACGAAAGAACGAUGACCUUCUCCUAGACCUUGAUCAUGAACAACCAGUAUACAGCACCGGGCAGCGAUCUGCUCUGACCGAUGACGACCUUCUCCACUCUUAUGCUUACGACCAAGACGGCGCGCCCUCCCGACCCUCCGUGUCCUACGAUGAUUUUGUCGGUUCCGGGCAACAAAGACCGCCCGCCGGACGCCCGCCAGCCGCGGGGCCAUCGGGCGCGGGGUUGCGUCCAGUUGGGCCUUACGGCCCCGAGAUCAACCGGCAAUACAGCCAAACAUCCGACUUGGGCAACUACCAACGAUACGCUGACGACUUCGAUGACUACCCCGACGAUGGCGGAUACUACCAAAACGGGGGGGGCUCGGUGGCUGGCGGAGAGGCCUCCUCGGCCGCACACGGGAAUGCUAGGAACAGGAAUAGUGUGCUAAGCUUGGGCGGCGGGUUUCUCGGGCGGGUCAAAAAUAGGCUAGGAAUGGGCGAGGGGUACUCGGAGAUGGACCUCCCACUGACAGAUCCCCGAGCCAACGCGGGCGCCCGGACAGACACGGCCGUUGAAGUGCCUACCCCACGGAAGGAAAAGAAGUUCGACAUGGGGAACUUCAAGUUUGGGUUUGGGAAAGCGAAAGUCGAUCCGGCGACCCUCGGACCCCGCAUCAUCCACCUCAACAACCCCCCCGCGAAUGCUGCGAACAAGUACGUCGACAACCACAUCUCGACCGCCAAGUACAAUGUCGCGACGUUCCCCGUCAAGUUCCUCUUUGAACAAUUUUCCAAAUUCGCCAACAUCUUUUUCUUGUUCACCGCCGCGCUGCAGCAGAUCCCAGGACUCUCUCCCACCAACCAGUAUACCACCAUCGGCCCGCUCAUUGUGGUGCUCUUGGUAUCUGCCGGUAAAGAACUUGUGGAGGACUAUCGCCGGAAGCAGGCCGACAAAUCGCUCAAUAUGUCCAAGGCCCGCGUUUUGCGCGGUUCGAGCUUCGAGGAGACGAAGUGGAUUAACGUUGCCGUGGGAGAUAUCAUCCGCGUGGAGUCUGAGGAACCUUUCCCGGCCGAUCUAGUUCUCCUAGCCAGUUCCGAGCCCGAAGGACUUUGCUACAUCGAGACCGCCAACCUGGAUGGUGAGACCAACUUGAAGAUCAAGCAGGCCUUACCCGAGACUUCCUCCAUGGUUAGCUCGACCGAGGUCAGCCGGCUCGGUGGCCGUAUCCGGUCCGAACAGCCCAACAGCAGCCUGUACACAUACGAGGCGACCCUAACCAUGCAGGCUGGUGGGGGCGAGAAGGAGCUGUCGCUGAACCCGGAACAGCUGCUUCUCCGUGGCGCUACUCUUCGAAACACUCCCUGGAUCCACGGCGUCGUGGUCUUCACGGGCCACGAGACCAAGCUCAUGCGCAACGCAACCGCUGCUCCCAUCAAGCGGACCAAGGUUGAGAGGCAACUGAACAAACUCGUCUUGGUGCUUGUUGGUAUGCUGUUGGCUCUCAGCGUUAUCUCAACCGCCGGAGAUCUCAUCAUGCGCCGUGUCUCCGGCGACGGGCUCGUUUACCUCGACCUGGAGACGUUGAGCGAUGCCCUGGCCAUCUUCCGCAUUUUCAUCAAGGACAUGGUCACAUACUGGGUGCUGUUCUCGGCGUUGGUGCCUAUCUCCCUCUUCGUCACGCUUGAGCUGAUCAAGUAUUGGCACGGUAUUCUCAUCAACGACGACCUGGACAUGUACCACGACGUUACUGACACUCCGGCUAACUGCCGCACGUCAAGUCUGGUCGAAGAGCUGGGCAUGGUCGAGUACGUGUUCUCAGACAAGACAGGGACCCUGACUUGCAACCAAAUGGAGUUCAAGGCGUCGUCGAUUGCCGGCAUCAUGUACGCUGAGACCGUUCCUGAGGACCGCGUCCCGACCAUUGAGGACGGCGUUGAGGUAGGAAUCCACGAGUUUAAGCAGCUCAAGGCGAAUCUCAAAGACGGCCACCCGACCGCUCAAGCAAUCGACCAGUUCCUUACCUUGCUCGCUGUGUGCCACACCGUCAUUCCAGAGCGUGACGAGGCAGACAACAUCAAAUACCAGGCGGCUUCUCCCGACGAAGGUGCCCUUGUCGAUGGCGCAGUGCAGCUGGGCUACAGAUUCUUUGCGCGUAAACCCCGCGCCGUCAUUAUCGAGGUCAACGGCGAGAAGCUCGAGUACGAGCUCUUAGCCGUUUGCGAGUUCAACUCUACCCGAAAGCGAAUGUCGACCAUUUACCGCUGCCCCGACGGCAAAGUCCGGUGCUACACCAAAGGCGCCGAUACAGUCAUUCUCGAGCGCCUGAACAACAACAACCCCCACGUCGAUGUGACCCUCCGCCACCUCGAAGAGUACGCCUCGGAAGGGCUGCGGACGCUCUGCUUGGCUAUGCGUGAGGUUCCUGAACACGAGUUCCAGGAGUGGCACAAGGUGUACGAUAAGGCCCAGACGACUGUGAGCGGAAACCGUGCCGAGGAGCUGGACAAGGCUGCCGAGCUUAUUGAGAAGGAGUUUUACCUUUUGGGUGCCACUGCAAUCGAAGAUCGUCUGCAGGACGGCGUGCCUGAGACAAUCCACACGCUUCAGGAAGCUGGGAUCAAGGUUUGGGUCUUGACGGGUGAUCGUCAGGAAACGGCUAUCAACAUUGGUAUGAGUUGCAAGCUGCUCAGUGAGGAGAUGAUGCUUCUCAUCGUCAACGAGGAAAACGCCGCUGCGACACGGGACAAUAUCCAAAAGAAGCUCGACGCGAUUCAAAACCAGGGCGAUGAGUCGAUCGAGAUGGGCACCCUGGCUCUGAUCAUUGACGGGAAAUCCUUGACCUACGCGCUGGAAAAGGACUUGGAAAAGCUCUUCCUCGACCUCGCCAUCAAGUGCAAGGCCGUCAUUUGCUGCCGUGUCUCACCGCUGCAGAAGGCUAUGGUCGUGAAGCUGGUGAAGAAGUACCAAAAGGAGUCUAUUCUUCUUGCGAUUGGCGACGGAGCGAACGAUGUCUCCAUGAUCCAGGCUGCGCACAUUGGUAUUGGUAUCAGCGGUAUGGAGGGUCUUCAAGCUGCCCGUAGCGCCGACGUCUCGAUUGCGCAGUUCCGCUUCCUCCGCAAACUGCUUCUGGUCCAUGGCGCAUGGAGUUAUCACCGCGUGGCCAAGGCUAUUUUGUUUUCGUUCUACAAGAACAUUACCCUUUAUCUGACGCAGUUUUGGUACGUAUUCCAAAACGUCUUCUCUGGUGAAGUCAUCUACGAAUCCUGGACGCUCUCCUUCUACAACGUCUUCUACACCGUCCUCCCGCCUCUCGUCCUCGGCAUUCUGGACCAGUUCGUCUCCGCUCGCCUGCUAGACCGUUAUCCGCAGCUAUACAGCCUCGGCCAGAACAACAGUUUCUUCAAGGCCAGUGUCUUCUCGUCGUGGAUCAUAAACGCCGUCUACCACUCCGUCAUCCUCUACCUCGGCGGCUCCGCCUUCUUCAUCAACGACGGGCCCCAAAACGACAGCUACCCGGCCGGCAAAUGGGUCUGGGGUACGGCCAUGUACGGUGCCGUGCUCCUGACCGUGCUCGGCAAAGCCGCGCUCGUCACGAACAACUGGACCAAGUACCACGUCAUCGCCAUCCCCGGCAGCAUGGCGAUCUGGAUCGUAUUUGUGGCUGUCUACGGCACCGUGGCGCCCAAGCUGGGUUUCUCGGUGGAGUACUUCGGCGUGAUCCCGCGGUUGUUUACCAGCCCGGCGUUUUGGCUUCAGAUGCCGACGCUGGCGAUUCUGUCGCUGGCGAGGGACUUUGCCUGGAAGUUUAGCAAACGUCUGUGGCGGCCGGAGCCGUACCAUCAUGUGCAGGAGAUCCAGAAGUAUAACAUUCAGGAUUAUCGACCGAGGAUGGAGCAAUUCCAAAAAGCCAUCCGGAAGGUGCGCCAGGUGCAGCGCAUGCGCAAGCAACGCGGUUAUGCCUUCUCGCAAGCCGACGAAUCCCAGACCCGUGUGCUACAGGCCUAUGAUACGACACAGCACCGCGGGCGGUAUGGCGAGAUGGCGAGUUCGCGACCGCAAUAA